UUCUUUUUGGACAAAGGUUCAGAGCAUUUGAUUGGAGCAAAAAUGCACUCUUGCCUCGCCUUAGAUCCAAUAGGCACAGGCACACCAUGUUCGUUUCCGUGCCAUGUAGGACACCUACCACGACCGUCUUCUACCUUUGGACUUGGUUUUCUUCUUCUCACUCCCAAAUCAAUCUCAGACAUUACCUCCUACUCUCUUCUCGAUGGCACACUCAGAUAUCCACUAACAACAACCACCAUCAAGCAUCGGAUUCGUCGCCGCCAAGUCACGUCAGCUCCCGCCACUAUGCUUCCUCAAAACCCGCAAAACCCGGUCGUCGCUGAUAUUUGCGCUACCUUCAUUGCCGGUGGUGUUGCUCUGUUCUUCCUUCUGUUGUGGGAAGAGACCGCCAAACGUGGGGUCUUCGACCAGAAACUCAACAGAAAGUGUGUGCAUGUAAGCAUUGGCCUAGUUUUCAUGCUUUGCUGGCCUCUAUUCAGUUCUGGCCUUCGAGGAGCAUUUUUAGCAUCUCUUACUCCAGGCAUCAAUAUUUUCCGUAUGCUUCUAUUGGGACUCGGUAUAUGGAAAGAUGAAGCAACAGUGAAAUCAAUAAGCAGAUAUGGAGACUACAGGGAACUUCUUAAGGGGCCACUGUACUAUGCCACGACAAUAACUUUGGCUUGUAUAAUCUAUUGGAGAACUUCCCCCAUUGCAAUUGCUCUUAUAUGCAAUCUGUGUGCUGGAGAUGGUUUAGCAGACAUUGUUGGUAGGCGGUUUGGUACUCGGAAAAUUCCAUACAACAGAAACAAAUCCGUAGUUGGUAGUGUUGCAAUGGCAUCUGCUGGUUUUUUAACAUCUAUCGGGUAUAUGCACUAUUUCUCCAGAUUUGGAUUUGUUCAGGAGAGUUGGGGUAUGGUUUUGGGUUUCUUGGUUGUGUCUCUUGCCUCAGCACUGGUAGAAUCACUCCCGAUAAGCACUAACCUUGAUGACAACCUAACAGUUCCACUUGCUUCUAUAUUAGUCGGCAGUUUGGUUUUCUGAUUUGGGUAAUCCUUGUAAAUAGUGGCGAAAGAAUCAACUGCAUUUGGCCAACUUGAUUGGGUGUUGUAAUAUGUGUACUAUAGUAUUGUUUCUUAGCUUGACGAUCUGUAACGGAUAAUAUCGUACCCAUAAAUGAUGUAACCUUGAUGCUCUUUUGUGAAAAUUCAUCACAAUGCAGGUGACUUACCAGCCCCGCAUGAAUAUGACAACUGUGUUUCUUCUUGUAA